AUGGCUGAUGAAGAAUUAGGUGAGAGGACACCUUCAGAAUUUUUACGCUACCUUAGGGAGUUGAGUGGUGAGAGGACUGAUGCCCUUCUCCAUCGUAAGAUUUUUUUCUCUCGUUUACCGUCUCACGUGCGUACAAUUUUGGUGAUGGCGCUUGACGCCAACAUGGUUGAUCAAGUCGCCACCAUGGUGGACAAAAUUCUUGAAUUUUCCGCCCAGCCUGCACAUGGCACCUGUCUCUCUUCUGAGGCAUCAUCAAUUGCCUCUCCCUCCUAUGAUGUUUUUGCUGACAAACUGGAAGGACUUACGCGUUGGGUGAAUGAUCUGUGCCAUUCUUCUUCAAGCUCUCGUAGCAGAUCUCGUAGUCAUUCGACUUCUAGGACACAACCUGGUAUGUGCUGGUAUCAUACGAAAUUCGCUGAAAAGGCAUGCAAGUGCAUUCAACCAUUCUCCUUUAAAGUUUCGGAAAACUUCCAAGGAAGAAAUUGA